AAAAACAUUAAAGGAAAAACCUUGCAAUUACCAUUAAACCUUCAGAUAAGUGGUUAGACAUUGUUGUCAUGGACCACCCAAGAAUCCCCAAUGCACUUCCAAAUGUGCCCAAAUAAGACCCUCUGGGAAAACUUAUAGUCUCUAAGAGGGGGUCCCAGACUGAACCUAAUUGCACUUUACCAUUCGUUGUAAAACAGCAUCUAUUAAAGUAACAGUCAGUGCUUCAAUCUGCAGAUCUUCAAUGCACGCAUCAGUCGCGGACGCCAUCUUUACUGAGCCUAAGUCACGAAGUGGGAUGAGAUUAAGGAACUGCGCGUACCUGCAGCACACAAGGAGAGAGAGAGGCUCAUGUGCACAGCCCAGACUGACUGCAGUGAAUAUCGUUAGGACAGAAAGAAGAUGGCAGUAAAGAGCAGGUCUUCUUUUUAUGAUGUGCGACGCUAGGUGUGACCUAGUCACUUAUCUCACGUACUUUAAUUACCCAAGGGUUUAUCGUGGAUGCACUUACAAGAGCCAGACAGCUGUGCCCACGCCUUCCACACAGGCACAGAGCACAAAACUUUGGCACGUUUAGCUACCCCACGCCUUGCUGUGCGCUGCUCCGCCUCUGCCCCGGAAGGAAGCGCUUGGGAGGCCGUGGGGCCCGGAUGGCUGCCAGUCUCCGUUGCCCUGCGGUAUCUUCUACGUGUAAUGAGGUGGCGGCCGGCGGUGCGAUUGGUGCUGCUGUGCCUGAUCUGCGGCUUCUGUUCUCUGCUCUACGGCUUCAGCCAACGAGGUAGUGGAGGCAGCGAGUCGCCUGUACCAACGCAGCCGAGAGGCGUCGGGCGAACAGGCCUUGGGGACGAGCGGCUGCAGCAGAGGUAUGCGCCCAGGUGUCAGGAUUUCUCUGUGUCUUUCUGGAAUCCCUAUUGGAUGCUGCCUGCUGGUAUAUGUGGAAAGGACUGCUUUUGGGAAGCUUCUUUUAGGUACAAAGUUCCUGUGAAACAUGGCACAGAGACAAUGCAUUUGGCUGUUGUUGCCUGUGGGGAUAGACUUGAAGAGACUAUUACCAUGCUAAAAUCAGCACUGCUUUUUAGCACGAAAUUUCUUCAGUUUCAUAUUUUUGCAGAAGAUCAAUUACAUUAUGAGUUUAAAGCUACACUUAAUAGAUGGGCAUUUCCAGAGAAGUUUAAAUAUAUAUUGUAUCCAAUAACCUUUCCAUCAGAAAAUGCUGCAGAAUGGAAGAAACUAUUUAAACCCUGUGCAUCGCAAAGACUAUUCUUGCCGUUGAUUCUUACGGAAGUUGACUCCUUGCUGUAUGUUGACACAGAUAUUCUAUUUUUACGCCCCUUGGAUGACAUCUGGUCUUUUUUAGGCGGCUUUAAUUCAACACAGAUUGCUGCUAUGGCCCCAGAGCAUGAAGAGCCACGAAUAGGGUGGUAUAAUAGAUUUGCUAGGCAUCCUUAUUACGGAAAGACAGGCAUCAAUUCUGGAGUCAUGUUAAUGAACAUGACCCGUAUAAGAAAAAAGCAUUUUAAGAAUGACAUGACAGCAGUUCGUUUACACUGGGGAGAUCUACUGUUGCCGUUGCUAAAAAAAUACAAGUUAAACAUAACAUGGGGUGACCAGGAUUUACUGAAUAUCAUGUUUUCCCACAAUCCAGUACAGAUUUGGGGACGACCUUUUCCACUCAUUACUAUAUCCUUUAGAACUGGAAUUGCAGAAAACAGUACAUACCUACUGUGGCAGGAUUAAUGAGCUAUUCACUAAGCAGCUGACAAAAACCGUUGAAGAUCUUUACAGAAGACAAUCUAACAUAAGGUGAUAGGACAAAAGAGCUUUGUCUAACAUGAGAACUAAUAUGACAUUGCACAAAAGUCAGAGCUAAAAUGAUCCUGUGCUGUUAUCAGAAACAACUAGACAUGCUGUGCCAUUUUUUUAUGGGAAAUGUUGGUGCCAGGUUAUAUGGCAUAAACAUUAUGCCCAUAAAUUCCAUGGUGCUUAAGCUAUACUUGUUUUCUGAGUUGUCUGUCAUCUAUAUGUUCAAGAGAGAAUAUGCCUAAGCAAUAAUUUUACUUUAAAUUAUAGAGACUAUACGUUUAAAAUAGAAUGCCUUGACCAUUUCCUCAUCUUUUGUCUGAAAUUGCUUGCCAUUGCCAUUUUUGAGGAUCAAGACCCUCUGCUUUUUAGGCAGUAGCUCUUUGUAACCAGCAUAAUUCAGUAAAUUGGAGUGAUUGGAGACAAUUGCUGUUUUUUUCUGUGGAAAAAAAAACUACAUAAAAGACAAGAGCAUUAACUUGGCACAUGUGGAAUUUUGUUGUCAUAAGUAGGAUGGCCCCUUCAUAGCAUCUGUAAGCAACAGAAUAUGUCGAAACUGUUGAGACAAGGGAAGAAAUUCUGUAAAAUGAUAUAUUAUUAGUGCUUGCAAACUUGACCAUGGCUAUGUACUGCCUGUAGGCCACUGGAAACAAUUGUUCUGUGUUGCUGUUGGGGAUCAUGGUAGAAUAUUUUUUACUUUCUCAGAAACAGUCCUUUUAAAUUCCAAUUCACUUCAUGAACACUACAUUACAAACUGAACUGUGGGUGCAGAGUUUACCAGUGCAAGGGCCGCUUUAAUGAAGGUAUUUCCUAGGACCCUACCACCUUAAAGGGACAGUAUACCUUCUUGUUCAUCAUGAGUUUAAUGAAUAGGGAUUGUGCUGAACAUGAAAAAAAUUACAUUGGUUUUUAGUUUAAGCUUAACAGGGUGAACAGGGAAAUUGAAGCUAUUCCUUGUCUGGACCUUUCCAGAUAAAUACAUUACUAGUUCACAGAAUAUUCCCCCAAAAAAGAGUUUUUUUUAAAUCAAUACCCUUUUUGAUGCUAUUGUUAUAUGCUAUUUACAGAAGUGAGGUAAUGGAGCAGUUUGUGGUCAGUGCUGAUCGUCUGGGAUCUCCUGAGCGUUUUGGGACAUUUAUGCACUAAACUUUCUGGUUAUGGUUGUAUUUUACUGCACUUUGCAUUUCAUAAUAGCAUUUAGUUGUAAUUCAUGACAGCUUAGACAUAUUUGUUAUUUAAAUAUAAAGUGUUGUUCACCUUUGAAUUACCCUUUAGUAUGAUGUAGAGAUUGCAUAUUGUCUCAGAAUAUCAAUUAGUCUUCACUUUUUAUUUUGUGUUUUUUUUUUUAAUUGUUUAGCUUUUUGUUUGGCAGCUCUUUGCAAUUUCAGCAGUCUGGUUGCUAGGGUUUAAACUACCCUAGCAACCAGGCUGUGGUUUGAAUGGGAAACUGGAAUAUGAAUAGGAGAGUACCCUACCACCUUAAAGAAGAUAAGUAAUAAAAAGUAACCGUUACAAUAAAAUUGUCUCACAGAGCAAUAGUUUUUUGGCUGUGUGGGGCAGUAACCCCCUUUUGAGCUGGAGAGAGACAGAAGAAAAAGGCAAAUUAUUCAGAAAUUAUACGAAAUAAAAAAUGAAGACAAAUUAAAUAGUUUCUAAGAAUCAACCAUUCUAUAACAUAUUAAAAAGUUAACUUAAAGGUGAACCACACAGCACUGCUUUUUUAAGGAAAAAGUGAACUUAUUUUUUUCCAUCUUUAAAAUUACUUCUUCUUUAAGGGGGAAUGAUUCAGGGGAGGCAAGUUGUAUGGCAGCUCAUUGGGAGAGACUUAAUUGUAAAUAUUUAAAAAAGAGAGUUUAAAUGUAGGUAUUUAAGUUAUAAGCCCUAUCUGAAUUAGGGAACAGUACCCCUGAAUUAAAAUUGUUCAUGCUAAAACUGGAGGCAAACAUCAUUUCUAAUGAAACUGGAAAUCUGUUUAUGUUCUAUUUUUACCACAACUCUGUUUCGACAAUCGCUGUUUUACCUAAACUGCACCUAAAGAUUUUAAUAACUAUAAAUAGAUUAUUUUUAAGCUUUAUGUUUGUAUCUUUUUAAAUCCUCUGGGUAUUAUUGAAUGCAAAUGUUUCAUUUUUAAAAUAAAGUUUUAAUAUUGUA